AGGCUGUUCAUGCAUUACCAUUCUGCUUGCUGUGACUGAAAAGUUUAAAAAAAAAAAAAAAAAAGGACAAGGAAAAAAGAAGAACAGGGGAGGAGAGUGUAUAGCUUUUUAAAAUCAUGCAAAAAUUGCAAAUCUGUGUUUAUAUUUACCUGUUUAUGCUGAUUGUGGCUGGCCCAGUGGAUCUAAAUGAAAACAGUGAGCAGAAAGAAAAUGUGGAAAAAGAAGGACCGUGUAACGCAUGCACGUGGAGACAAAACACUAAAUAUUCAAGAAUAGAAGCCAUAAAAAUUCAAAUCCUCAGUAAACUUCGCCUGGAAACAGCUCCUAACAUCAGCAAAGAUGCUAUAAGACAACUUUUACCCAAAGCACCUCCACUCCGGGAACUGAUUGAUCAGUACGACGUGCAGAGGGAUGACAGCAGUGAUGGCUCUCUGGAAGAUGACGAUUACCACGCGACGACCGAGACCAUCAUUACCAUGCCUACCGAGUCUGAUUUUCUAACACAAGUGGAAGGAAAACCCAAAUGUUGCUUCUUUAAAUUUAGCUCCAAAAUACAAUACAAUAAAGUAGUAAAGGCACAAUUGUGGAUAUAUCUGAGACCUGUCAAGACUCCUACAACAGUGUUUGUGCAAAUCCUGAGACUCAUCAAACCUAUGAAAGACGGUACAAGGUAUACUGGAAUCCGAUCUCUGAAACUUGACAUGAACCCAGGCACUGGUAUUUGGCAGAGCAUUGACGUGAAGACAGUGUUGCAAAAUUGGCUCAAACAACCUGAAUCCAACUUAGGCAUUGAAAUCAAAGCUUUAGAUGAGAAUGGUCAUGAUCUUGCUGUAACCUUCCCGGGACCAGGAGAAGAUGGGUUGAAUCCCUUUUUAGAGGUCAAGGUAACAGACACACCAAAAAGAUCCAGAAGAGAUUUUGGGCUUGACUGUGAUGAGCACUCAACAGAAUCGCGAUGCUGCCGUUACCCUCUCACUGUGGAUUUUGAAGCUUUUGGAUGGGAUUGGAUUAUUGCACCCAAGAGAUACAAGGCCAAUUACUGCUCUGGAGAAUGUGAAUUUGUGUUUUUACAAAAGUAUCCUCAUACCCAUCUUGUACACCAAGCAAAUCCUAGAGGUUCAGCAGGUCCUUGCUGUACUCCUACAAAGAUGUCUCCAAUUAAUAUGCUAUAUUUUAAUGGCAAAGAACAAAUAAUAUAUGGAAAAAUUCCAGCCAUGGUAGUAGACCGCUGUGGGUGCUCAUGAGAUUGAUGUUUGGUUUCUAACUUCCUAAAACAUGGAAGGUCUUCCCCUCAACAAUUUUGAAACUGUGAAAUUAUGUACCACAGGCUAUAGGCCUAGAGUAUGCUACAGUUACUUAAGCACAAGUUACAGUGUAUAAACUAAAAGAGAGAAUAAAGCAAUGGUUGGCAUUUAACCAUCAAAAUAAAUCAUGCAGUAGGAAGUUUCAUGAUUUCCAGAGCUUUUGAACUAGAAGAAGAUCAAAUUACUUUUAUAUUCAAAUAUGUUACAACAUAAUCAAAGAAAUGAAACCAUUCU